AUCAGAUGUAAAGCUUUUCAGUAACUCAGAAAGCUAUAAACAAUGGAAGAGAAAGAAAUCGAACUUUUGAAUAAAUUGGAAAAUGUGAAAGAACUUAGAAGUAGGACAGUUCAGUUAGAGAAGAUCCGUGGGAAGUUAAGACAUGAGAUUGAUGGUUCAGAAACGGAGGAGAAAAGAUUGGAGGAAUAUAAACAGGAGAUGGAUCUGUUGUUACAGGAGAAAAUGGCCCAUGUUGAGGAACUCAGACUCAUCCAUGCUGAUAUUAAUCUGAUGGAGACCACAAUCAAACAAGCUGAAGAAGACAGGAAUAGAUGUCUAGAGAAUGCUAAGAAAAUGUAUGAAGAAUUUAAACCCUUAAAGGAUGAUAUAGACCACAUGAGAAAUUUGAUGGGAAUGGAGAAAUUACCCAGUCUAAAUGAAGAUGAAGAGAAACUUACUCCAGAGUUUUUUGAGAAGCAGAGUACAGAAUGGAACACAGAAGCCCCUCCUGAACCCAACAUUCCACAAACUUUAAACAUUCCAGCACCCAAUACUCAACCAAUACCUGUACCACGAAAUAAACCUACAGAGAGACAGCCUUUUAGACAACAACCUCCACCUAUGAAGGCUUGCUUAUCAUGUCAUCAACAAAUCCACCGUAAUGCUCCAAUCUGUCCUCUAUGUAAAGCUAAGAGUAGAUCCAGAAAUCCUAAGAAACCAAAGAGAAAACUAGAUGAAUGAGAGAUUAUCUCCAAGAAUCAAUGGUGCUGACACAAUGGUUGUGAAAGACAGGGUUCAUAGUCACAAUAUGAUGUCCUUAGAUUGUAGAUGGUAGUGAAGUAGAUCUCAGACAAUUCUAAAUAAACAAUAGUAUACACAUUUUGUUGAAAUGAAGACACCACAUCAGCAUUGAUCAUAUAAUAUAGAAAUGUUGUAAUGAUUUAUUUUGUUAAAGAUCAUUUGAAUUGGCAAAUAUUUUUUUAUGUAAGAUCAUGUUUUUUUGUUCUAUAUAUAAAUCAGGAAUUACCAUGGUAGCAUUUUAGCAGCUUGCUUUUUAUAUCUUAUUUUUUUAUAACUUUUUCUUACUUAUAAAUGUAAAAUGUUGUGUUAAUGGCUGAUAAUAUUUAGGUAUUUUGUUCUAUGAUGAAAACAGCUUUAAAAAUUAAAUUAAUAAAAUCUUGUAACAAAAGAGUAUUUUAAUUAUUAAGGCAGAUUAAUCUAAGAAAGGCCUAUAUUAAUCAAACCAAUUGGAAUUAGGUAAUGAAACUUUUUAUGAUUAACUAAGUGUGUUUGGUACAAAUAAGAAGACACAACAGUGAAGGUCAUGCAAAAAAAAACUUCAAAUUAGUCGGAACCCUGUACAUAUGUACAAAAAUCGUUUCUGCUCUCUAAAUUUCCAUCUCCUUGGAUUUUGGGAAUGAAACCUAGCAUGCUGAUUCAUCACUAUUAGAAGGUUUGUCCCAUACAAUUAAGAAACUGUACAGUGCAUAUAAAUACAUUUAAAUUGAAUAGGCCGAAUUGCAUCACAAUUUACUUAUUACAUGCUGCAGGCCUUCUCUGAUGGCUUCCUUGGCUAUCCUCUUGUUCCUAUUUUAUUACACAAAAGGUAUGUAAUAAUGCCAAUGUGCAUUCUGAAUAAAUAAACAGUAGUAUAAUAACUUUGUUGAAAUGAAAACACCACAUCAGCAUUGAUCAAAUAAUAUAGAAAUAUUGUAAUGUAUUUAUUUUAUUAAAGAUCAUUUGAAUUUGCA